GAGAGAUAGAGAGGAUGGAGAUGGAGGUGCCUCUGCAGGUUUUGCUUUCUCUGUGUUUGAUAGGAGUUUGCAGCUUGGUUGUCUACCUCUACUACAUCGCGUGGCUGCGACCCCAAGGCAUCCGCAGCAAGCUGAGGCAGCAAGGGAUAGCAGGGCCGCCGUCGUUGUUCCUCUAUGGAAGCUCGCUGGAAAUGAAGAGGCUUCUAAUGGCGGAAAGGACUCGAGGAGGCCGAGGAGGAGAGGUAAAGCAUGGGUUUACGCAGCAUGUGUUCCCUCACUUUGAGCAGUGGAGGAAGGAGUACGGUCCAGUGUUUACGUACUCACUGGGCAACGCAGUAGUGUUGCAUGUCAGCCAUCCAGAUUGGGUGAAGGAGAUCAGCCUCUGCUCAUCUCUCGACCUGGGGAAGUCUUCUUACUUGAAGAAGAGCCAUGAGCCUCUCUUCGGUCAAGGCAUCUUGAAAUCUAGUGGUAGAUCUUGGUCUCACCAGAGAAAGAUCUUAGCACCAGAGUUCUUCUCUGACAAGGUUAAGGGCAUGGUGGAGCUGAUGGUGGACUCUGCCUGGCCAUUGCUCAAGUCAUGGGAGGAGAAGGUUGAGCUCAGCGGAGGAACCGCAGCAAUCAAUGUGGACGAGGAUUUGAGGCGCUACUCCGCAGAUGUCAUCUCAAGAACAUGCUUUGGGAGUAAUUACAGCAGGGGGAAGGAGAUCUUCUUGAAGAUUAGGGAGCUGCAGAAGGCUGUUUCGAGUCCUAAUCUAUUUGCAGAAAUCACUGGUUUAAGAUUUCCUACUAAAGGAGGCCGAGAAGUGCACCGGCUGAACAGAGAAAUCAGUUCCCUAAUCCUGAAGACGGUGAAGGACAGCAAUGGCACCGAGCAGUACACUUCGCAGAAGAGCCUACUCCAAGCCAUCCUUCGCAGCGCCGACGACGAUCUUCCCUCCCCCGCCACCCCCGACAGCUUCGUCGUCGACAUCUGCAAGAACGUUUACUUCGCCGGCCACGAGACCACCGCCGUGACGACGUCUUGGUGCCUCAUGCUGCUCGCUCUCCACCCACAAUGGCAGGCUCGCGCUCGCGCCGAGGCGGCGGCGGUCUGUCGCCACCGUCCACCGGACGCUAACUCCCUCCAAAAGAUGAAGACGCUGACCAUGGUGAUCCAGGAGACGUUGAGGCUGUACCCCCCUGGCGCAUACGUGGCGAGAGAGACGAUGCAGGAGAUGGAGUUCGGUGGCGUUCGCAUCCCCAAGGGCGUCAGCAUCUUCGUGCAGUCGUCGGCGCUGCAUCACGACCCCAGCAUCUGGGGACCGGACGUGCUGGAGUUCAACCCUGAGAGAUUUGCCCGGGGGGUCCUUGGCGCUUGCCAGCUCCCGCAGACGUACCUCCCCUUCGGCGUCGGGCCGCGGACGUGCCUCGGCCAGCACUUCGCCAUGACCGAGCUGAAGGUCCUCCUCUCCCUUAUCCUUCUCAGGUUCAGCAUCUCCUUGUCGCCAAACUACCGCCACUCCCCUGCACUGAGAUUGAUCGUAGAGCCUGAACAUGGAGUGGAGCUCCUACUGAAGAAGGCAGAAGUCCUGGUAACCUCAUCAGGUAUCUAUCAAUGAUCGAACUACACUCUGUUCUUCAAGAAAACCAUGGUAAUACAAGUCUUGGUGAGUAUCUACAAGCCACCAUAACUAAAUCUUCCA